ACAGUUGCCUCGAGACCCGGCGCCCGGCGCCAUAGUGACCGUAGCCCUGGAGACUGUUACUUGCCAACGGCGGCAACGCGCGGCCCCGGCGGCCGGAGCCCAGCGCAGCCCGCGGCACCCGGCGGGGACGGCAGUGAGCAUGCAGAGUCCCGAGGGUGGAUCAGACUCAGCAGCUUCCGUGGCUCUUCACACGUCGGCCGCAGCCCAGGCUCCGGUGGUGCAGCCGGUGCCAGCCUCGCAGCAGAGGGUUUUGGUCCAAGCCACAGGCUCCGCUCCCAAAGGGGCGCAGAUGCAGCAAAUCUCUGUUCCCAGAGUCCAGCAGGUUCCACAACAGGUGCAGACCGUGCAGCACGUUUAUCCAGCCCAGGUGCAGUAUGUGGAAGGAGGAGAAGCUGUUUAUACCAAUGGAACCAUACGAGCCGCCUACUCCUACAGCAGCGAGGCGCAGAUUUACGCUCCCGCCAGCGCCGCGCCCUAUUUCGAAGCGCAGGGAGGAGGUGGAGCUCAGGUGACUACAGCGGCAUCCUCUCCUACAGCCAUUCCCUCUCACAACAUGGUGGGCAUCACCAUGGACAUUGGGGGAAGUCAGAUCCUCUCCGGCUCGGGAGCCUAUCUCAUUCAUGGGGGGCUGGAGAACUCUAGACAUUCUCUGUCACACACCUCACGCUCCUCUCCAGCAACGCUUGAAAUGGCGAUUGAAAACCUACAAAAAAAUGAAGGGAUUACAUCACACAAAAGCAGUUUGCUCAACAGCCAUCUGCAGUGGCUGCUGGAUAACUACGAGACAGCAGAAGGUGUGAGCCUGCCCCGGAGCUCCCUGUACAACCAUUACCUGCGGCACUGCCAGGAGCACAAACUGGACCCCGUCAACGCCGCGUCCUUCGGGAAGCUCAUCCGCUCCGUCUUCAUGGGGCUGAGGACUCGGCGCCUGGGCACCAGGGGAAAUUCCAAAUAUCACUACUACGGGAUCCGCCUGAAGCCGGAGUCGCCGCUGAACCGCCUGCAGGAGGACACCCAGUACAUGGCCAUGAGGCAGCAGCCCAUCCACCAGAAGCAGAGGUACAGAGCAGCCCAGAAGAUGGAUGGGAUGGCAGAGAGUGCAUCCAACAGCAACCCCCACACCACGCCCGAGCAGUCAGUGGCUGCUCAGAGCCAGCACCACCAGCAGUUCAUAGAUGUAACCCAUGUCUUUCCCGAGUUCCCAGCCCCUGAUCUUGGUAACGUCCUCUUACAAGAAGGUUUCACCUUGAACGACGUGAAAACUCUGCAGGUUCUCUACAGGAGACACUGUGAGGCCACUCUGGAUGUCGUGAUGCACCUCCAGUUUCACUACAUCGAGAAGCUGUGGCAAUCCUUCUGGAGUCCCAAGGCACCCCCUAGUGAUGGCCCCACUGCUCUGCCUUCCAGUGAAGAGGAACCCGAAGGGACCCUCCCAAAGGACAAACUGAUCACCCUGUGCAAGUACGAGCCCAUCCUCAAGUGGAUGAGGAGCUGUGACCACAUCCUGUACCAGGCCCUGGUGGAGAUCCUCAUCCCUGACGUGCUCAGGCCAGUGCCCAGCACGCUGACCCAGGCGAUCCGGAACUUUGCCAAGAGUUUGGAAGGGUGGCUGAUGAAUGCCAUGAGUGAAUUCCCCCCGCAGGUUGUGCAGACCAAGGUGGGGGUGGUGAGUGCCUUUGCCCAGACCCUGCGCAGGUACACGUCCCUCAACCACCUGGCGCAGGCGGCGCGCGCCGUGCUGCAGAACACGUCCCAGAUCAACCAGAUGCUCAGCGACCUCAACCGCGUGGACUUCGCCAACGUGCAGGAGCAGGCCUCGUGGGUGUGCCAGUGUGAGGAGGGCAUGGUGCAGAAGCUGGAGCAGGAUUUCAAGCUGACUCUGCAGCAGCAGAGCUCUCUGGAUCAGUGGGCCAGCUGGCUGGACAAUGUUGUCACUCAAGUGUUGAAGCAUCACGAGGGCAGCCCCAGCUUCCCCAAGGCAGCCAGGCAGUUCCUGUUGAAGUGGUCCUUCUACAGCUCCAUGGUGAUCCGGGACCUCACCCUGCGCAGCGCCGCCAGCUUCGGCUCCUUCCACCUGAUCCGCCUGCUCUACGACGAGUACAUGUUCUACCUGGUGGAGCAUCGUGUGGCCCAGGCCACGGGGGAGACCCCAAUUGCAGUCAUGGGAGAGUUUGGUGACCUCACAUCCCUGUCCCCGACACUGCUGGACAAAGAUGACAUCGGCGAGCUGGGCACCGAGGCGGAGCCGGAGCGGGCGCUGGGGGAGCCGCUGGUGAAACGGGAGCGCAGCGAGCCCGGCCACUCCCUGCAGGACAUCUGACACCGGGACAGCCAUCCGGAGCCUGGCUGGGUGUGCCGAGCCUGCGCCUCCCCGGAUCUGCGUUAUUAUAGUGCCUCUUAGUUUCUCUUUAUGUUUACUUGUGUGUGAGGAUGGGCUGAGCCGGGGCUGGUUUGGCCGCCAGUGUCCCCCCAGAGAGGAGGGAGAAGCUGCAGAGUCUGCUCCCAAGGGAUGGAAGCUCUGUGGCCAGCAGCAGGUGGGAUGUGCCUGGCUGGGAGAAGCUGUGCUCGCUCUCAGGCCGGAGCGAGGCGCACACACGAGGCUUCUCCGUCAGGGAAGGUGCUUUGGGUUCCUUCCCCACGUCUCAGACUUCACUGUGAUACAAACUUGAACCAAUCAGUGCCCAAGAAGAAGGAAAAAUCCCCGGCCCUUCUCCUCCAGCCUUUCCAGACAAGCUGUCCUGGCUCUGGCUUUGCCAAAUCUCUCGUCCCGGGGAGCGCAGGGCCAUUGGUGUCCCCUGUCCCUGGGGAGAGGCUCCAGGCUGCACAUCCCAGCGGGCACAGCCGUGCUCUGGGACUAUGGGAUGAGCAUUCCCACCUGCUCCCGUGUCUGCCCAGCUCAGCACUUCACCCCAAUGCUCCUGGGACGCCGUCGGGCCGACUCAAGAUACCAAAGGACUCCGAGGCAGUGACAGCUGGAGGCAGAACCUGUUCGUUGUCCCCUGUGCCACAAUGCCUGGGGGCAAUCCCAUGGCAAUCCCAUGGCAAUCCCAUGGCAAUCCCAUGGCAAUCCCAUGGCAAUCCCAUGGCAAUCCCGUGGCAAUCCCAGGGCAAUCCCAUGGCAAUCCCAUGGCAAUCCCAUGGCAAUCCCAUGGCAAUCCCAUAGCAAUGCCAUGACAGUCCCGUGGCAAUCUCCAUCCCCCACGGUGCCCAGGCAGACAGGAACUGGUCCCACAUCCUGGUGUUUGUGAAAUUCCCACUCCAUGUCCUGCCCAGACGGAGCAGGGGCGAGGGUGUGUGACCACAGUGCCUUAGGGUGGGCCUUGUUCCCAUUUCCCCUGCUCAGACUGGCCCAGCACAGCUCAGACUGGCCCAGCUCAGCUCAGACUGGCCCAGCUCAGCUCAGACUGGCCCAGCACAGCUCGGACUAGCCCAGCACAGCUCAGACUGGCCCAGCUCAGCUCAGACUGGCCCAGCACAGCUCAGACUGGCCCAGCUCAGUUCAGACUGGCCCAGCUCAGCUCAGACUGGCCCAGCAGAGCUCAGACUGGCCCAGCACAGCUCAGACUGGCCCAGCUCAGCUCAGACUGGCCCAGCACAGCUCAGACUGGCCCAGCUCAGCUCAGACUGGCCCAGCACUGCUCAGACUGGCCCAGCAGAGCUCAGACUGGCCCAGCUCAGCUCAGACUGGCCCAGCAGAGCUCAGACUGGCCCAGCACUGCUCAGACUGGCCCAGCACUGCUCAGACUGGCCCAGCUCAGCUCAGACUGGCCCAGCACUGCUCAGACUGGCCCAGCAGAGCUCAGACUGGCCCAGCACAGCUCAGACUGGCCCAGCAGAGCUCAGACUGGCCCAGCAGCCCACCCCAGGUAGGGAGGGGCUGGCACAGACCGGGGGGCUGAGCUCUCCAGUGGCAUUUCCCUGUCUGGAUCCCUUUGCCUGUUCCUGCAGUGACAGAGUGGGGGAGGCUCCCGUGGGGCUGAGCUGGGGGAGCUCAGCAGGGUUUAUCCUCCUUUCCCAUGUCCCAGGGGGUCUGUGCUGACAUGGAUCACCCUGGGAUGCUGUGGACUGCACUGGGGUGCUGUGGGCUACAGGGCAGAGUGGGGGAUCUGUCAUCAAGCUAAACUGCAAAAAACAAAGCCCUGGGGCAAAUCUCUCUGUGAAUAAAGGCCGUGUCAUAAAUAGCU